ACAUUUCUAAUCAGAAAUUAAUUGGUCGUGCUUGCGCGUCAAACAACGCAAGUGUUUAUAAACUUUUGUCUUAUUUUGAUUACGUGAAUGUGCAUCUUGUGUAUUUAAUUUUGAAUAGAAAUCGUACUAAAUGACAAUACACAAAUUAAUUUAGUGACGUAGCAAAAUGGAGACGACUCCUUUAUUGACAAGGCCAAAAAGGAAAUCAUUUUGGUCAAGGUUUAAAUUUUCGGGGUUUCAACGUAAGGAAUUCACCUCGAGAGUUAUUUAUGUAGGUCAAUACCCAGAUGAAGAAUUUCCGCCAAACUAUGUUUGUAAUCAGAAAUACAACUUCUUCACGUUCCUGCCACUUGUGUUAUUCGAGCAGUUCCGUUUCUUUCUAAAUCUAUACUUCCUUGUAAUGGCAUGCAGCCAGUUCAUACCUAGCAUCCGUGUCGGCUACAUCUACACUUACUGGGGACCCUUGGGCUUUGUCUUGUCUGUCACCUUGUUUAGGGAAGCUAUUGAUGACUUUAGAAGAUAUAGACGAGACAGAGAAGUGAACAGGCAACGUUACGAGCGCAUAGUCCUGACCGCCAACGACGACGGGUACCGGCCCUUCAUGACCGAACACGUCCCAGCAUCAGCGUUGAGGGUCGGUGACAUAGUGAUGCUGCACAAGGGCCUGAGGGUCCCUGCUGAUAUGAUACUGUUGAGGACUAAUGAGACUAUGGGCACAGUGUUUAUAAGGACCGACCAGUUGGACGGUGAAAUUGAUUGGAAGUUGCGAAUACCCCUCCCAUCCACUCAAAAGCUGCCAACCGAUGCUCACCUCCUAGACAUAAACGCUCAGAUCUUCGUGGAGAAGCCUGAGAAGGACAUCCACUCUUUCAUAGGAACUUGUACUAGACUGGAUGAAGAAGAGAGUGACUCCCUCGAUAUUGAGAAUACGCUGUGGAGCGGGUCGGUCGUCGCUUCGGGGCAAGCCACAGGACUGGUUAUUUAUACAGGCAGUGAAACCCGUAGCGUGAUGAACAACGCGACGCCACGUUCUAAAGUAGGUCGCUUAGACCUGCGAGUGAACGACUUCACCAAAAUAUUGUUUGUGGCAACCCUAUUAGUGUCCUUCCUGCUGAUUGUCCUGAAGGGCUUCACAGGGCCGUGGUACGGCUUCUUCUUCAGAUUCGUGCUGCUUUUCUCUUACAUCGUGCCUAUAAGUUUACGUGUGAACCUAGAAAUGGGCAAAGCUUUCUACUCCUGGACAAUCCAACGGGACAAGAAAAUAGAGGGUACUGUAAUGAGGUCCACGACCAUUCCAGAGGAGCUUGGACGUAUUCAGUACGUCCUGGCUGAUAAGACGGGGACACUGACUAAGAAUGAGAUGGUCUUCCAGAAGCUUCAUUUAGGGAAUGCUUUGUUUGACAGCGAGCAUUUUCACGAGGUGGAGGCCCUCUUAACACAAUACAUAACGAACGACGCCCCGUCCCUCCCCACCUCCCCGCUGUCGGGGGGCGGGGCGGACGUGUCCUCCCCCGCCCCGCGCCAGGUGUGGCACGCCGUGCUGGCGUUGGCGUUAUGUCAUAACGUCACUCCUGUUUACGAGGCUGAUGAGCGGGGGAAUGAAGCCGCAUCGGACAUGGGCAGCUCGAUGAUGUCCGAGAGCUGCGGCGGCGCCGUGCCGCAGCAGCAGCUCUGCGACUACCAGGCCUCCAGCCCCGACGAGGUGGCGCUCGUCAAGUGGACAGACAUGAUGGGUGUGUCGCUGUAUCGUAGGGAUCUACACAACAUAUCUCUGAAACUGCGAGCUGCGAACGAAGUGGUUCAGUUCACCAUUCUCCAGAUCUUUCCAUUCACAAGCGAAAGCAAGAUGAUGGGUAUUAUUGUACAGGAAGAAAACACUGACGAAAUAACGUACUACGUGAAAGGGGCGGAUGUGGCACUCGCUCCAUUGCUGCAGUCCGCCUGGCUGUCCCCGGAGUGCAGGCGUCUAGCAGCCGAUGGACUGCGAACUCUUGUGGUCGCGAAGAGAACUCUCACCACUGCCGAAUACGCAGAGUUCGAGACAGAAUACAAAGAAGCUCGUCUGAGCGUGACCAAUCGUAACGAGAGAACGGCGACCGCCAUUGCCAAGCUGCAACAAGGAUUGUCCCUGUUAGGCCUGACCGGAGUUGAAGAUAGGUUAGCUGACGACGUGCCUGUCACGCUGCGGAUGUUGAGGACCGCCGGGAUCAAGAUCUGGAUGUUAACAGGCGACAAGUUAGAAACCGCGCUGUGCAUUGCGCGCUCGCUGCAACUGGGAGACGGCAAUGGAUGGCACACCGCCGACAAAUGUGUGAACAGACGCGACGCAAACGAUCUGUUGAAAGAUUUGUGUGCUAGAGAUGACAAUGACCUCAUCAUCGAGGGCGAGACCUUGGAGGUUUGCCUACAUCAUUACGAAGAGGAGUUCGUAGAGGUGCUACAGCGCUGCAGCGGGGUGGUCGUGGCGCGGUGCUCGCCUACGCAGAAGGCCCGCGUAGCGCGGCUGCUACGAGCGCGGGGGCACCUCGUAGCCGCGGUGGGGGACGGGGGGAACGACGUCGCCAUGAUACAGGAGGCUGAUGUGGGUGUGGGCAUCGAAGGCGCGGAAGGGCGGGCGGCGUCGCUAGCGGGCGACGUCAGCAUGCGGACGUUCGCGAACCUCGCGCGGCUGCUGCUGGUGCACGGCCGCCGCGCCGCCAUGCGCUCCGCAGCCCUGUGCCUCUUCAUCGUGCACCGCGGACUGAUCGUCUCCACAAUGCAGGCCGUGUUCUCCGUGGUGUUCUAUUUCUCCUCUGUGUCGUUAUACCCUGGCUUCCUGAUGGUCGGCUACGGGACCAUAUACACUAUGUUACCUGUAUUCUCUUUGGUACUUGAUAGGGAUCUACCAAGCACGACAGCAUUGAGAUAUCCACAACUAUACAAGCAGUUGACGAAAGGGAGACAGCUAUCGUAUAAAACUUUUUAUAUUUGGACAGGAAUCUCUAUAUACCAAGGCGCAGUAAUAAUGUACGGUGCCCUAGUGCUGUUCGAAGACCAGCUGAUCCACAUAGUUGAGAUCAGCUACACAGCUCUGAUACUGACGGAGCUCAUCAUGGUGGCGCUGACGGUGGUCACGUGGCACCGGCUCAUGGCCGCCGCGGAGCUGGCCAGUCUGCUCAUGUACACCGCCACUUUACUGAUCUUCACCUCUUACUUCGACGCAGACUUUAUUCGACAUUGGGACUUUUGGUGGAAAGUGACAACCAUAACACUUAUAUCCUGCCUACCGUUAUACAUAGUCAAAUACAUGCGUAGAAAGUGGAGUGCGCGCCAGUAUAAAAAUAUACAACAAUAGCCUGUAAUUGGUUUACUUUAGGUCUAUAUUCCCAUGUGAUUCACAAUUUAAUCUCGUGUCUUAUGCACGCCUUAGCAUUAUUUAGAGUAUUUCUGUUGUAAUGUUGGAUGCCAUAAAGUUGGAUAUUUAUACUCAGCUCCAGUAUAUUUUUCGACCGAUAAAUUAUUGCAUUGAAUGAAACUAUUGUAAAUCCAACACCUAACACAUUAAUUUAUUUUACCGCUCUGUGAUUGUCUAUUUCAUUUAGUAUGUUUUUAGAAUUAUGUUACUUUCACCCAGAAGCUGUUAAAAAAUUGAAAAUUAAGGGAUAUUUCAGGGUCAAAAAGAUGCCAAUUGGACUUGUCAACAAAAACAACAGGGAAUUAGCGGAAAUAUAUUUCCAUCUAGAGUGGUAAUUAAUGUCACAAAUGUAAGUGAAAAUACGGUAGCUUUUAUACCUAUGGUAUUGUUACAUGUGUGUGUAUAUGAUUGAUGUGUAUCGAGUCUAGGAAUAGGACCGGUAUCUAAUAGGCCCACCUUACUUAUGAUUUAGAAUUGAUAUUGUGUCUUAUUCAAAAUUUAAACAAGCCAUUUUGUUUUUUUAUGGAUUGUAAGCAAAUAAAACUCUAGUUUGUAUCCGCCUUUUUGAGAUGGAUUAUGAAUUACGUCUUUUAGAUACCUAUUUCAUUUCUGUAUAUCACUUCAUAUGUACAUCACUUAACAAUAUGUUAAUUAAGUAUACUAAAUUUAAUAUUUAGCAAAUUUAUCUCCGUUGUUGACUGUUUUCGGUUUCCAAUCUUCACGUGUUUACUAUUAUUUAUUAGCGAUUUAAAUCGCUAACGCUAACUUAACAAGUCUUUUAUAUAGAUAUGAAUAAUGUAUUAAUGUACAGGUGACUUUUUAAUCUCUGGGGACUCAUUGUCUACAUGAUCAGACCAUGAUACUGAACAACUUUUCGUAUCUUCAUUCCUUAAGGUGAUCCAUACAUUUUCCUCGAGUUGGGAAUUUGAUUUUGUAUGGAACUGCUGUUUUUUUGUCCAUUUCGGGGUGCAUUUAGGGCUAAAGUCAUCCUGUAUACACUAUGUACCGUACAUAGAAACCACAAGGAUAAAAAAGGGUGAGUCGUGAUUCUCCACAUUUCAGUGUUAAAAUGUUCAAAUAUGUAUUUCUCUUAUUGGAGCCGGGGUUUGAUUCUUUGCAAAUAUAUUCAGAAGAAUUUUGUGAUAUUAUUUUCUCUUUACUUUUGUGAUUGUAUUUACCUCUUUAAGUCUAAGAUACUCCAGAUUUUUAUUUUACUCUUACGUUUUAUAAUAUUUGGCUUGUUAUAAAAUCUAUUCACUGCUUUUGUAUGUAAAUAAUCAUUUCAAUAUAUUUCUUGGCCCAAGUUCAUUGAGCUAUACCUAUUUAUUAUCCUUGUAUAUAUAUUUUAUAAAUGCUUCAGAUAUUUUAGUUACGUAAGUGUUUAUUCCAUAGAUAGGGACAUUUUCCAGAUGCGUUUAAACGUGGUACAAAAUGUUAUAAUGUGAUAUGAAUAUUUAUUUAAAUAUAGUUUAUCUGUAUUUAUUUAGAGAUGUAUUAUUUUUAAGUAUAAUUAAAAGGCAUCUUAAACAUAUGUUAAUUAUUAAACAGACACAUCUGUUUCGCCAGAACACAAUGUAAAUAAAUAAUUAAAAAAUU